AAAAAUUUAGAUUUUAAAUUCUAAUUAUUAUUUUUAAAUUUAGAAUUUAAAUUGUAAUUAUUUUUCUUACUUUUUGAAUUUUUUACAUUCUUAAGUCCACAAAACUUCCUUAAAAAUCUCCAAUUUUCUAACUUUCAAUUUCUUAAUUUCACAGACUAGAAAAAACCAAAAAAAGUGCUUAAAAUGAAUCAAAUUUCGUUAAUUUUUGUUGCCGCUGUUGCAAUAAGCUGCUCAUAUGGAGUUUCUGGUGCAUUACCAUCAUCAGUCAAAAUCUGUCACAGAAAUGAUCCACAAAUUAAUGAGUGCAUAAUCAAGUCAAUUGAACAACUUAGACCGAGAUUAGCUGCUGGAAGCUUAGGAGAUGGAUUUGAUCUACCGAAAAUUGAGCCUUUUGCUAUUCAAAGCAUCAAAGUCGGAACAACGCAAGACUUCAAGGUCAGUCUCAAAAAUGUUCUCAUCAAAGGCGCUAGCAACUUUAGAAUUGAGAAAUUGAGAGCUAACGUCAACGACAUCAAAGUCGAUGUGAUCGUAAACUUCCCAAAACUUGACAUCAAAGCCAACUACGAUCUUAUAAUCAAAAUUUUCGGUCAAAAUCUCGACAACAAAGGCGAUGGCUUCAUCAAACUUGAAAAUGCUCGCGCACGUGUCUCAUUGAAAGGAUCAAAAUACUCAAAAGAUGGCAAAGAGUACAUCAAGUUCGACAGAUUCCGUUUAAAGGUUCAGCCGGGAACAAUUCGUCAAUUGAAGCUCUCAAACCUGUUUCAAAACGAUCGAAAUAUUGAAGAAGCUGCAAAUGCAUUCAUCACAGCUAAUUCAGACUUUUUACUCCAAAAUGUCUAUCCAACAAUUGAGAAAGAUUUGGCUGAGCUGCUCACAAAUGUUGCUAAUGAAUUGGCUAAAAAUGCUACGUAUGAUGAACUUUUCCCCUUGUAAAUUGAAGAUUUUAAUUUGAUAAUUAUUGUGAUGAACCUUUUUUGUGGUCUUUAUUGUUCGAAGAGAACAAAGUUAGCAACUUAAUGACUUUAAUUUAAUAAUUUUGUAAGAGGAUGAUUGAGGAACAAUUAAGGAAUAAAGAUGAUGAAAUGUAUUUUUAAUUGAAUUGAAAUUUGUAUUGAGCUUGGAUU